GUGUUCUAUGUUUUGUGGUUAUUAUGCCUGUCCCAGCCGUAGUUACUAUUAUUCCUGUGGGAAUAUUAUUCUUCACCACCGGUCUCAUUGUUAAUCUCAUUCAGACAAUAUGUUAUUGCCUUGUACGACCAAUAUCCAAGAGUUUGUACAGAAGAAUCAGUAGGGUAGCACUAGAAUUGUUGUGGCUAGAACUUGUAUGGCUAUUUGAUUGGUGGGCAGGAGUUAAGCUCCAAAUAUUCACAGAUCAAGAAAUCAUAAACAAGAUGGGUAAAGAGCAUGCACUUGUCAUAUGCAAUCACAGAAGUGAUAUUGAUUGGCUUGUUGGAUGGAUAUUAGCUCAGCGUUGGGGAUGCCUUGGCAGUGCCCUUGCUGUGAUGAAGAAGUCAUCAAAGUUUCUUCCGGUGAUUGGUUGGUCAAUGUGGUUUGCUGAAUAUCUUUUUCUAGAGAGAAGUUGGGCCAAAGAUGAAAACACACUGAAGUCAGGCAUACAACGACUUCAGGAUUAUCCUCUUCCUUUUUGGUUGGCUCUCUUUGUGGAAGGAACAAGAUUUACACAGGCCAAACUUUUAGCUGCUCAGGAAUAUGCAACCACAACUGGAUUGCCUGUUCCUAGAAACGUUUUGAUUCCAAGAACUAAGGGAUUUGUUUCAGCAGUGAGCAAUAUGCGUUCUUUUGUUCCUGCCAUUUAUGAUGUAACUCUAGCCAUUCCUAAGAAUUCACCUCCUCCGACAUUGCUAAGAAUCUUCAAGGGAGAACCUUCAGUGGUGCAUGUUCAUAUUAAACGACAUUUGAUGAAUGAAUUACCCAAGGAUGAUGAAGGUGUUGCUCAAUGGUGUCGAGAUGUAUUUGUGGCUAAGGAUGCAUUGUUAGACAAACAUAAAUAUGAAGAUAAAUUUAGUGACAAAGAAUCUCAUGAUGCUGGUAAACCAAUCAAGUCUCUAUUGGUUGUUAUAUCAUGGUAUAUUUUGCUUUUUGUGGGAUUUGUGAAGUUCGUUCUCUUUUUUCCACUACUAAUGUCAUGGAAAGGUCUCACAAUUUCAAUAGCUGCUUUGGGAGUUGUUACUAUCCUAAUGCAAAUUUUAAUUCGUUUCUCACAAUCUGAGCAUUCAACACCAGCAAAAGUUGUCCCUAUAAAAACAAAUAGAGGAGAACAGUUACAAGCAGAGACUAGGGGUAACAAACAAGACUAG